AUGGGAAAAGGAAAGAAAAUCAGAAACACCUCGUUGCAUACUGUCCACGAAGACAUGGACCCUGUUUCAGUCGAGGAGGCGCCAGGGGAGAACGAAACUAUCCGAGAACUCCAGGAAAGGAUUGCUCAUCUCCAGGAAGAACUAGAUGACUUCAGGAAGUUGUACAGGAAACAAUGGUGGACUGCAGGCUCAGACAUACAUGGGUGGGAAGCAAUCCCAAUCGAAUAUGACCAGAAGUUUAAGAAGCUCUUCUAUAGGGCCAAUGAGAAACAAACCAUUCUUCAGAGCCUGGAAGGCUACUGCGUACAGGAUUUGGACUGGGAUACCUUUAUAGAGUCCCUGCCUUAUCCGAUCUGUGAAGUGGUUCCUCGUGCCCUCGCCCAGACAAUGCUCGUGAAGGACAUCGUGGACAAGUUCUUCGAGAAUCCGUUUUGGUACUUCGAAGGAAAGCCUGACUUUGAUGACACAGAAGCUCCAAGAAAGAGUUGUCUGUCCCUAGCAGAGCAUUUGCAGCAUGUAUAUCAGCAAUUUCUUACCGUCAAUCCAAAAUCAGCAAGUCUCUGGAAGACCGAGACCGUCCGACUUGCGAACUCCGUUAACGGUAACCAGGCCGAUAACACCGAACUAGGCCGCCAUACGAAGAGCCGACGCGAGGAAUCUGCUCGAUCAUCUGCUUCCGCUAUGCUCAAGCACCCGCCAUUCCGGAUGCUCCUUAGAAAAUGUGAAGACACCGUCGAUAGGGAGGCAACGCUAAUCAAAUACUACGAGAGAGCUGAGCGGUUGGCAAUCGAUCUCAGCUGUUCUCAUGGGACCUGCACAUAUCGAAACCUUACACGGCUGGCCUCUCCCUUGUUCCAGAGAGGGGAGCCGUGGGUAACCGCAGACUACUGUCAUAGUAUCCGACCAGAUGAACCCAGACUGGACGGUCAUCGCAUUCUGUUUAUCUUGCAACCGGCAGUGUCGCGCAUUAGAGGAGCGUUCCCGGACGGUCAACUGGAAGAAUGGACCCAAGCUGCGGCCGUGAUUGAGGAUUCCCAGUGCACAAAAGAGGUGUGGGAAAAGCGGCUAAAGGAACAGAGUGCUAAGGACGCCGAGACGUACGGAAGGGAAGAAGAGGAAAAGGCGCAAGAUAGGGCUAUACUGGAGAGAGAGACAAGAGAAAUGGAGGGAUGUGAGGAGCAACAGAGAGCAGAGGAAGAUAAAAAGAAUGAUCCAAGGAUACAGGGAAAGAAGAACGCCCCUGUGAAGCAGGAGGUUGAGGAAAAAGGCGAAGAAGAGCCAGAGAUCUCAGCUCCCAAGCGAGCUCGAAGGACAAGGGGAACAACAAGAACGAAGGCAAUUGAGCAGGAGAAUGAAGAAAGAGGCGAAGAAGAGCCAGAGAGCCCAGCUCCCAAGCGCGCUCGAAGAACAAGGGGAACAACAAGAACGAAGGUAGUCCAGCAGGUAGAAGGGACAGAAGACGGACCAUCGGGAGAGAAAGUUGAAGCGAAGAAGAGAGGGCGUUGGGCAAACAGAAAGACUACCAAAUGA